AUUUCUGUGGUAAUUACCAGAAACUUCCUGAAGCCUCUGGAGCGCCUCCUCUAGAAUAUAAAGCUGGGACAGCCCCACUGCCUGACAGAAAGCUGCACAAGAAACACAGGAGUGAAGAGACGCCUGAACAACAAGAAGACUCAAAACUAAACAGAAAGAAGAUGCUGUGCUCUCAUGGAUUCCCGUCUGCCCUCAGUCCAUUCAUGGACUUCUCCUGGCCUGUUCGCAGUCUGUGGCCAGAGGUCAGACCUCUGUUCUACCAGCAGCAUGUCAUGCAGAGAGACCUACAGGAGCUGUGCAGCAGUCUGCAGCUGAUGGACAAACUUCAACGCCAGAUCCUGGAGGACACAGAGCCUUUCAGGAGCAGCGUGGCUCUGCAGCCAGUCUCCUACCAGCUGGACAAAGAGGGAGAGCACUUUGGCCUACCCCUGGACACUCAGGGCUUUUCUCCAGAAGAUCUGUCAGUCCGGCAGGUGGGCAGGAAGCUGAGAGUUAGCGGGAAGAUGGAGAAGAAACAAGAGGACGGGAAAGGCUCCUACUCCUACAGCCUGCAGGAGUUCAGACAGGAGUUUGAUCUGCCUGAAGGGGUGAACCAUGAAGACGUCAGCUGCCACCUUUCUCCUGAUGGAAAGCUCCACAUCCAGGCGGCCAAAGUUCCUUGUAUCGAGGGAACAGAGAGAGAGCUGACUAUCAAGAGGAGCUCAGAGGAGGAACCACAGCAGAGUGUGUGUUCACAGGAAAAGGACAGCAGAGCAGAAACACACAAUGGAUCAUAAACAAACCUGAAAACAUGGGCUCACAUACAUGUUUAUGUGCCAAUAACAAGUUUUCUUGUUUUUCAAUGUUGGCUUUCUACUUUUUGCAUUGAAGAAAAUACUUUGUCAAAAUUAGGAUUAAUACCAUUUAUGGUUGAUUUUGUCAUUUUUUGUUUUAUUUUUUUAGCUUUGUGUUGUGAAAAAUUGAAAGUUUAAAAUGAUAAUUUAACAGAAGACAUAUGAGGAAUAUAUAAAACUAAAGUAAUCCAUAAAUA